CAAAAACCCUACCGCCACUCUGAAGUUCGUUUACCCUACCGGAAAAAGAAUGCGACAAGAUGAUUCCGACUAUGACAAUUUCGCCGAAUUCAGCUACUUAAGCAGCGACGACGACGACGACGACUUAAACGCCAUUGAAUCCGACGAUCAGGCUGAAUUCGACAGCGACAAUGCCGUCGCCUUCCUUUUGGACGAGCUCGAAGCCGCUCUGCCGCCAGAGUUGUCAUACUCCGUCUUGACAGAAUCCGACAUCCGCGGUCGCAUCGACGACGACGUCGCCCAGCUCUCGGCCGUGCUCUGCCUUCCCAAAUCCGAAGCAACCCUAAUUCUCCGUCACUUCGAUUGGGACGCGAGCAAGGCCGAGGACUCGUGGUUCGCCGACGAAUUCAAAGUCCGCCGCCAUGUAGGCCUCCCGACGGCGGUAGCUCAAAAGGUAACUUCCCCUCCUUCCGAUCAUCACAUUCUCACCUGCAAGAUCUGUUUCGAACCGCACCCUUUAACCUCCUUCAACUCCGCGGACUGCGGCCACCGAUUCUGUCGCUGUUGCUUGCGAAAAUACAUCGCGCAUAGCGUCAACGACGGCCCCCGCUGCCUGCAAUUGAGAUGCCCUGAACCUUCCUGCAAAAUUCUCGUAGGAGACGAACUGAUCAACCAAAUUGCCGACGAAAAUGAUCGGAAAAAGUAUUCCAAUUUCGCAAUUAGGUCUUAUGUAGAGAACAGCAGUAGAAGGAAAUGGUGCCCUGCUCCCAACUGCCAACACGCUGUGGAAUUCAUGUCAUUUGGAGAUCUAAACUACGAUGUUUCGUGCCUCUGCUCCCACAGCUUCUGCUGGAGCUGCAGCGAGGACAAGCACUCGCCGGUGGACUGCGAGACAGUGAAGAACUGGUCACUGAAGAACGCGUCCGAAUCUCAAAAUGAGAUGUGGAAGAAAGUAAACACGAAGCCAUGCCCGAAAUGCAGCAGGGCGAUCGAAAAGAACGAAGGGUUCAUUGAGGGAAGAAUGAAGAGGUACCAGCACUACUACGAAAGGUGGGCAGCGAACGAGAAAUCGAGGCAGAUUGCGAUUAGAGACUUGAAGGAUGUGAGGGAGAAUGUGGUUUCGGAGAUUGGAAGAGUCCAUCGUCAGAAUCACAGCCAGCUUAUGUUCUUGACUGAAGCUUGGGAGCAGAUUGUGGAGUGCAGAAGGGUUCUGAAGUGGACUUACGCGUAUGGGUAUUACUUGCCCAUUGGAGAAGCUGCGAAGAAGCAGUUCUUUGAGUACUUGCAAGGGCAGGCUGAAACUUGUUUGGAGAGGCUUCAUGAUUGUGCAGAGAAGGAAAUGAAGAGGUUUGUGGUUCAAGGAAGCUGCAUGCACGAGUAUGCUGCCUUUCGGAUGAAGCUGAAUGAGCUGACGAAGAUGUGCAAGACUUACUUCGAGAAUUUGGUUCGUGCGUUGGAGAAUGGAUUGUCUGAUGUUGAGACUGGUAUGAAUGGGUAGAGACUGAAGAUGGAGACUUGAACAAUGGCGCCAUCCUUAAUCCUUAUACA